GCUGAAUACAGUCAUUACCAAACACUUUCUAUGCUCGUGGGUGUAUUGAGCGUAUCAUCGGCAAGGAUUGUCCCCAAGCAUAACAACCCAUCAGCAAGAUAACUCUCUUGAAAGAAGCAUUGUUCUGUACAGCGAACAACAACACGACUUGUGGGGUCUGGAAAACUUCACCAUGGACAAAACCGCGAGCCUUACCAGAGGAAAUCCUGAUCCAUUUUCAAUCGAGUAUGCCUCUACACUCGAUACGAAAGAUCCUCUACAAGACUGUCGGUCAAAUUUUCAUAUUCCAACUCUCGCCGAUCUGAAAAGGUCUACUCUAGCUAAACCUCCCAACGAGGACCCCUCAACGCCUUGCACGUACCUGUGUGGGAAUUCUCUAGGCCUGCAGCCCGUCCGUACAGGAGAUCUCGUCAAUGUCUUUCUGACCCAAUGGCGCACCAAGGCUGUCACGGGGCACUUUGUCGAGCAUACCGACUCUCCUCUUCCACCAUUCCUGGACAUCGACGACCACGCAGCCAAGCUGAUGGCUCCCCUGGUGGGCGCUUUCGAAGCUGAAGUGGCAGUCAUGGGCACUCUUACGGGAAAUCUACACUUUUUGAUGUCCAGUUUCUACCGUCCAGACAAAAAAGGAUCAGGGCGCUGGAAAAUUCUUCUCGAAGGCAAAGCGUUUCCAAGUGAUCAUUAUGCCAUCGAAUCUCAAAUUGUACACCACGGACUCGACCCAGCCGAAACGAUGGUCUUGCUCGAACCGAAUAAUCAUCGACACCCGGUGCUUCCGACCGAGCAGAUCCUCAAGACCAUCGACGAGCAUGCGUCAGAGCUCGCCCUUGUUCUCCUGCCCGGCAUUCAAUUUUAUACGGGCCAGUACUUCGACAUCCCACGCAUAACGGCACACGCCCACGAGCAUGGCAUCUUGAUCGGAUGGGACUUGGCCCACGCGGUCGGCAACGUCGAUGUCAAGCUACACGAUUGGGACGUCGACUUUGCGGCCUGGUGCACCUACAAGUACCUCAACUCUGGACCGGGCGCCAUGGCAGGGAUUUUUGUCAACGAGAAAUACGGAAAGGUCAAAAUGGAAGGGUCAAUACCAAAAUUCUGGCCCCGACUCAGUGGGUGGUGGGGAGACGACAAGUCUACGAGGUUCCAGAUGACCAAUAAAUUUGUCCCGCGACCAGGCGCUAAAGGCUACCAGCUGUCCAACCCAAGUGCCCUCGAUCUCGCCGCCGUUGUGGCAUCUUUGCAAAUAUUCAAUGAAACUUCAAUGACCGACUUGCGUCAGAAAUCAUUGAGAUUGACCGCCUAUCUUGAACAGCUCUUGAACACGAUGGCUCUUCGGAAACCGGGACUCUUCGACAUCAUCACACCACGUAACCCCAGUGAACGUGGCGCCCAGCUUAGCAUACGCUUGGCGCCGGGAUUGCUUGACAAUGUCCUCGAACAUCUCGAGCAUGAGGGCGUCAUCAUCGAUGAAAGGAAACCGGACGUCAUCAGAGUGGCGCCGGCACCACUGUACAAUAAUUUUACAGACGUCUUUCGAUUUUGCCAAGUUUUGGAAACGGCACUCGACAAGGCAGCAUCCAAGACGUGAUUAAUGUCACUUGUUGAACAGGUUGCUUGUUUUCUGGGUGGUGUGUCUCAAUCGUCGUCACUGUCGCUUGUUUCGGCAUCUCUCCACAAAACAAAGUCGAAACGGCCAUCCAGGUUCGUUCGGAUAUAUUCGCGGAUCAAGUCUUGCUCGGUCUCAUUCAAGUCAAAGUCUGGGUUCGCGGCCAUCAAAGACAAGCUGAACCCUUUCUGCGUGACCGGAUUGAGACGCUCCAAAAAGUUCAAGAUCCCUUCGGAGGUGAAUUGUGUCAAGGCGUAGAGGGUCAAGUUCUUGAGCUUGUCAAGUCCCGCCAAGACAUCCAAGACGCCCUCACAUACCUCACCUCCGCUGGUCCACAAGUCUUCGAGAUGUGGAAGGCUCAUGGCAAGGGUGGCAAUGUCAGCCUCGGAAAAUUCGUCAGACACGUCCUUGAGGACAAGCUCUUUGAGGUUCUUCAAUCCACAUAGACCUUCGACCAUGAUUCUCAGGUCACGAGACGUGGUGCCCUCACAGGAGCCCUUGAGACAAAUUGAUUCCAAGGUCCUCUGCUCGGGAAGCGCGGAAUGGAAGAGUUGAGAGUUUGUGUCGAGUACACGGUAUCCCUCUAAAGAUAGUUUGGUCAACUUCACGUUGGGCGAGCAAAGAACUCGCGAAAGAAUAGCAGGUCCAUCCGCGAAUUUCUUCAGGCUCAGGUCGCGCAGAUUUCGGCAGGAACUGAGCCAAUCGACCACCUCGAGAAAUACAUGAUCGUUGACGCCCUCAAGAUGGGCGUAACCCAGAUCAUCAUCAAGCUUAAGCGUGUGUAAUUUUGUGCAUUCUUUGAGAGCAUUCAGGUUCUCCAUGGCUUCAUG